AGGCACCACCAAGGAGUCAAAUGAUUUAUUUAUGAGGACUAUUCCUUAACUAUCCGCCUGCAGAUCACAAGGCCUCUCAGCGCUUAUGCCUUCAGGCUAACUUGAAACAGAUAUUCUCAGCAGUGCAUGGUCCUGUUAGUCCACAUUGCAGUUCCACGUGCUUCACACUGUCCACCAUGCCAACCUUACCUGAAGACAAGGGACAAUCAAAAGAGGCACAACACAACAGUUCUCCUCCAGCCCAAGACGCUACUGUUGAAGGGACAACAUGCAGUACACCUUCUAUUGUUCUUCCAGAGAAUGCUGUUACGUCAGAUGUAGAAAUUGAUAAAAAUCUGGUUCACAGGCCUCGUAGUCCUCAUAGGAGACAUUCUAACCGUGCCACUAGGAAUCCAACAAGUUCAUUGACUUCUGUUGACAACAGUGGUCAUGUGAUUGAUCUGGUAAAUGAUCAGCUACCAGAUGUCAAAAUAUCAGAGGAAGACAAAAAGAAGAACCUUGAAUUACUAGAAGAAGCAAAGAAAGUGAGUGAGAGGUUUCUAAUGCGCAGAGGCAGAAAGUCAAGAAGCAGCCUUCCGGAGUCACCCACAGCAGUUUCCCCUACACUUAGUCCUAAAGUUUCACCAGUAGCAUCUCGGAGCAACUCUCUCACUCUUCCAGUUCCAUCAGGGCCUGAUGCAUGCCCAACCACUAAUGUUGAGUCAGUAUCUCCAGGGCAGAAUAACAGAACUGUGAAAGAGGAUGACAGGCAAACUGCAGAGAAUGCUGCAAAAGGAUUAAUUGAUCGAAGGCAGAAUGAUCAAAGAAAGAUUUCUCAGGGAAGGUUGGUUCCUCGUUCUGCUGGUUUUGAAAACUCCAAAGAGAAGCUCUCAGAACAAAAAGAAAACUUUGAUCCAUGUAAACAUAUGGAAACUUUACCUAAAUCCUGCCCUUCAGGUGGUGAUGGUGGCAGAAUGUCUCUUAACACUUGCAUGAAUGUUUGUGAAAAUGAACUUGGAAAAUCAUUCCUCAAGAAAGCAAAAGAAAAUGAUGUUCCUUUAAGAACCCAUCUACCAGGACCAGGAAUAGGAAAUAUAGACUCAAAGCUAAAAAUUCCUGUUCCAGAAAUGAGGGACCAUAAAGUUUCAUGUAAACCAGAAUUUAAACUGUGUGGACUGCGUCCUCCUCUACUACGGGCUGUAUCAUGGGAUAGCUUGGAGCCUGGACAGAAAGAUAAAACACCUUUAAAAUUACCAUCCGAGGAAGAUAAAAGCUUUGUUGUUGGUAAUAAAUCCAGCAAUCAAUUAAAAGCAUUCAAAGACCUUCAAAUCCAAGUUCAACCGGUUCGAAUGCAGAAAUUGACAAAGCUCAGAGAGGAGCAUAUUUUGAUGAGAAAUCAAAAUUUAGUUGGACUUAAACUUCCUGAACUUAGUGAAGCAGCUGAACAGGAAAAAGGCCCUUCACCUCUCCCUUCCCCCACUGAAGAGGAAGAGACAAAGAAUAGCUCUGAUGUCAUGCCCAGCAUUCCUGAUGUAUUGCUGCGAAAACUACGAGUGCACAAAUCGCUUCCGGGAAGCUCCCCUCCACUUACUGAAAAAGAAGUUGAGAAUGUAUUUGUACAACUUUCCUUGGCCUUUAGAAAUGAUAGUUAUACCUUGGAAUCUAGAAUUAACCAAGCAGAGAGAGAGAGAAAUCUUACUGAAGAGAAUGCUGAGAAGGAACUGGAAAACUUUAAAGCAGCCAUUACGUCUUCGGCUCACUUAUGGCAUCACUAUGAACACAGAGAAGCUUACCAGAAGCUAUUGGAGGAUAUUGCUGUUCUGCGACGUUUAGCUGCUAGACUGUCUAGUCGUGCUGAGAUGGUUGGAGCCGUUCGCCAGGAGAAGCGUAUGUCAAAGGCAACAGAAGUAAUGAUGCAGUAUGUGGAAAAUCUGAAAAGAACGUAUGAAAAGGAUCAUGCUGAACUAAUGGAGUUCAAGAAACUUGCUAAUCAGAAUUCUAGCAGAAGCUAUGGUGCAUCUGAAGAUGGAGUACCUCGUUCAUCUAGAUCCAUGUCUCUUACUGUUGGAAAGAAUAUGCCUCGGAGGAGAGUCAGUGUUGCUGUUGUUCCUAAAUUUAACUCCUUAAACAUUCCUGGUCAGGCACCAACAGCUUCACCUAUACCUUCAAUGCCAUCCCUGUCUGAGUCACCUAGUAAUGGAAGGAGCAAUCUAACAUGUACUCCUGUUCUGCCAGCACUUUUAGAAAAUGGAAAGACUAAUGGAGAGCCUGACUGUGAACCCUCUACUUCUAUGCUGACACAGAGUGGGUUGGAAGAGAUCAAUCCUGAAACUAAAGCUAAGAUAGAAGAAGAAGCAUAUAACAAAGGCUAUCAGGAAGGCUUGAAGAAAACCAAAGAACUUCAGGAACUGAAGGAAGAAGAUGAAGAGACACCAAAAGAAAGUCAUGAUGAACAUGAAGAAAGUGAAAAUGAAGAUGAGAUAAAAAACCUGAAAAGCAGCAGACUUGAAGUCAUCAUUAAUUAUUUACAUAUACUGUACCCCAAACUGUGUAAACACUGGAAUGUGGUAUGGCUUGUAGUGGCUGCAAUAAUCAUUUUUGCUGUGGUGUUGGGAAUCUACCAUUCAUACAACUCCUGUGAUGAAAAAUCAGAGGGACCUGAAGAGAAGGCCAGCUGUUCUGCUGCCCGUCAAUAUUCCUGGUGGAACUCAGGAUUUCAACAAGAGCAACGCACUGAAUAAUAGAGGAACAACCAUGUAUUUAUGGUACCUGAGCAAGUAUGCAUAUUAGAACACCAUUGUUAAAGGUAGUGCUUAGUCAUCCUUAUGGCUGUUAAAUGUGAUCUGUUAGACAAGUGAGUUACUCCACACCAUCGCGUUUGGGGAUACAUUGUGAACGUACCUUGCCAAAAUGACAAUCUGAUAAAUAAUCCUGUCUGUCCUCUUAUUGUAAAUGACUGAUACAAAUAAAGUAAUAUUGAAUCACGAUAAGGUUGUGGCAGUAAUCAGCAACCAGUAAGAUAUUUAAAAGAAUGAUUUGCACAGGAUAUUGACAUCUCUGCUAUGAUUUUGAAGAAAAUACUAAAACCUGCAUUUGCAGUUAGUGCUUUACUUUGCAUUUCCUGAAUUUAUUGGUGAGUCUUUUGGGUUUUAAGAGUCUAAUUCCUUUCCUUAUUCAUGAUUAUUGGGUAGAAAUAGAAGCUCUUCUAUGGAAGGUUAGAAUUAUACUAUCAGACCUAAUGCCUUGCUGAUAAAGUAAUUUUGUAAGAGGAAUUAUCUGUAUGAUUAUUUAAAUGGAAUACUAAGUACAUGCAUAAAUGUGUUUUAUGAUAUACUUUAAGAAUGGGACCACCACUUUUUUUUUUAAAUGGGAUACACCCCAAAAUCUAAAAUGAGGUCUAGGUGGCACAGUUGAUAUAGUCAAAUAAAUCUGGGAACUUCUGAUGUAUCAAAGGGACAUGCUUUGCAACAAAUUUAUGUAUGCCACUCAGAGUCAAGACUGGUUACAGCAAAAAGUAGUUGCUGUCUGGAAGAUUAGAUGUGUCAUCCAAGCCCAAAAUACAGCAGUCUUGGACAUGGGAAGCAAUCUUCAAUUCUUUAUUUAAAAAAACAAAAAAAAGCGACAAAAGAAAAAAAAAAGUCUUCAAACCUCUGUAUACAGGUGAUCACACUAAGCGGACUCUGCCCUACUGCUAAUACUGGAAAUAGAUAUCGUUUGAGAUCUGCACUAGGAACACAGUUCUGCAUACAGCCAAAACCCUACCAGUGCCUAGAUGAAUCAGGACGUGAAAGCAGUGAGGACUUUAAAGAGGUCAUUGCAUGUUUUUAGUAGUUCAUUUUCAGAAUCUGAUGCCAAGUAUAUAACUGUUCUGAUAUGCUGUCAAAGCUAAACUGUCAGGUUGUGAUAGAUUAAUCUUUUGCCCAGAGUUUUCAACAGUUCUGCCUGUUUGGGAGUUGUGAGUUCUUAUACAAGAAUGUGAAAGGCUGAAAUUUUUAGACAAGCAAUUUCAAAAUGGCGAAGCCAUUAUCUGUAAAAAAAACCACACCACCUAGUGCUGAGACCAAAAUGCAUGUCACUUAAGGUAUACCAUAUGUACCUGCUGAACAUCACUUCUGAUUGAAGAUGAACUAUUUUUGUCUUUCCAUAGCUGUAUGCUUGAAUCUAACCACAAUAUCAAAAUCAGUGUGACACUUGAUUGCACUCGUGUCUUGCAUUCUUCUGGCAUUUUCUGACUGAUUAACAGGUCUGUUUACCAACUGAAGGAUAAGUAUGUUAUGCAGUACUGUAAUUUCAGUUCAGAUGCAGUUAGUAUUGUCUUGUUUUCUUUUGGUGUAAACACUGAACCUCAAGCUAACUAUCAAAGAAAACAGGUUUCUAACUCAGUCAGAAAUUUAAUUCACAUAUCUGGCACUAGUAACAAAUAUCCUGCUGGUGAAUUUUGUUUGUUACAUGAUUAGCCACAUGUUUAAGAGACACUUACAUGGAGAAAGAAAAGAAAAAUAAAAUAAAUAAAUAAAAUAAAAGACCACUACCACUUUUUUUUGAGGGGAGGAGGGCAAGUCUAUAAGCAGUUGGGAGGUUUGUUUUUUAUUUUAAAGUAUAUAUUGUUGAGGAAUAGUGUGCUUAAGGAAGUUCAAAAAGGAUAAUGGGAAGGUGUCAUUUGGUCUAAAAUUGUAAUUGGUAAAGAAUAAGACAGAAGAAGGUUUCUUGCAAAUUACUUGGUAUCUGUUUGGUUCAGUUAGAAUAUCUGACUAUGAAGAACUACUGUGAUAUUUCACAUACUUUCAGUAUUUGAAGAAACUUGUCAGUUGCUCUUUGAAUACUUCUUUAUUAAAAUCAGCUUCUUUAACUUAAUAUUCUUUACAAAUAGCGUUGAUAACUUAAUAAGGCAAUAAAAAUUGAAGGUAAAUAGUCCUGAAGAUUCAGAAUCUUCGACGCCAAAAAUUAUGGCACCUAUUUGAUUAUAUGAUUGUGGAAAUGUUGGGCUGCACUGAGGAAAAAUAAUUAACAGUGCCUACAAUCAAAUUAAUUUGCUCUUAUUUACACCUGCACUGAUGUGGGUCCAACACCUUAUUUUAAGUACAUGUAGAAAGUUAUUGAUAUCAGUAGGACUCCUGAACUGCUUCAUGUUAAGCCUGUGCUAAGUUUUUUUGGUUAGUGGGUGAAUGAGGUCUCCACCCUCUCUUGAAAUUCAGCACACUGGCUUUUUGUGGACUUAGUGCACAAGGGCAAAUUUCCCUAAGUAGUCGUACUGAUUUGAACUGAACUACUUGCAUGUCUAAGGCAAGUAUAAUUUAGCCACCAAGUUUUUAAUUGUUGUGGGGAAUGGACUGAAAGAGGCAAGAGAUUUUAAUGGGGAUGAAAAGAUGAAGGUAAAGUUUAUUUUAAAAAAAUUUUGUUGUUCUUUUUAUAACUACUUUGAGCAAACUGUCCACUAAAAAUAAUGAACCACAAUGACUAACAGCACAUUAAAUAUUUUUGCUUAUAUUUUUCAGUUAGUUAAUGAAGACACCUUUUUUUAAUAGGAAACUAGAUUGAGUUCAAAAACUAUUCUAAAUGUAAUUUUAUCUGUUGGAUAUUAGUUUGCUUUAUCUGGAAAAAAACCCCAACCUCUUCUGUGUUCAAACAUCACAUCAGAUAACAAGAAAUAGAUCUAUUAUUUAUGCUAUUAACACUGAAAUAGUUUUCUUGAGGUGCAAUAUUUAUUUUUCUGCUUUAACAAGACACGUUUAUUGUUUUUCCUGCACAGCACAGAUGUUUCUAGUAAAAGGAAUUUUAAAAGGGCACUAUUUUUGUGUAUCAUAUUUAAAUUUGUAAUAUUGUAAGAUUUUGCACAAGUGUGCUGGUAUUGUACUGUAUAGUAUCACAUACUUGAGUUUUGAAAUAAAAGUAUGGUUUCAAAGUC